UAUAAUCUGCAAUAAUGGUAAUCAUUUGCGAUAACUAUCAAUAGUACCAAAAUAAUUAUGGAAUGGGACAAAAUGAUAAUAGCUAUCAUCACAAUUCUAAUCCGAAUAUCCAGAAUUAUCCUGAAAAUCAUAGAAUUUAUCCAAGUGAUAAUAGAAUUACUUCUUCAAGUCAACUUAACAAUAGCAAAUCAUUUGUGAACAAUGCCAGCAGUUUGAAAUCCUAUGAAAAUAGAAAACCGAGGGAGAUCCCUCAUAAUUCCAGCUAUGACGGACUGGAAAAUCAACAAAAUACGAUUUCUCUUGUGUCACCUAGUACAAAUAGAGAUGCUUUAAACGAAGAAAUCCUCAAACGGCAGAAUUACGACUACAUGAACAACUCAAUGUCAACACCACCCAUGUACCCACUCAAGGCCCAAAUUUAAAUCAACCAGGAGGCAAAGACUCAACCAGACUUUCGCCCUAAACAAAAGCCAAGGCCAGCCAGCUGGCCUUGGCUUGGCUUCAAGAGAAAAGGCAGCACGAGGCAGUGGCCUAGAGGGGAAUUUAGUAGGGCUAGAAAAUGAGGAACAGAAACAAGCGAGAGAGAAGGGGGUUGAUAGGAAGGAAGUAGGGAGGGCGGUGAAGGGGAGAGAGAAAGGAUCGGUGAGGUUUCAAGUGCCUGCUGGUGGUGAUGCAAAGACUUCACUCAACCUUAGUUCAGACUACCUCCUUUCUAAUCCUAAAAUUCAGCAAAACCGAAUCCAAGAAGCCUCCCAUCUCCCAAGAAUGGAUCAGCUCGCUUGUGAUAUUAGAGAUCUCACAAGACCCAGACCAUGAGUGGGGAGCAGUUGAACAUGUCCGUUACUUAGAUCGCCUUUAAAUAAAUCCAACAGACGUCAAAAAUCUCUAUUUCUCCACCACAACAACAAAUAUGUAGUCCCUAGCACCAUAAAAGUCACACAAAAAAUGCAAGAAGACAACCAAAACCAGCUCUAUUCAUUCAAAAGAAUGCAACAGCAAGAGCUUGAAAGAGAGAAUAAUGAAUACAGUCUCAAGCAAGAAUAUGGAGACUUCCUCAAGAACCAGAUAGUCGAAAGAGACCUCGUCAGGAAGCAGCAAAACAUGGACCAACAAUGCAGGAAAGAGUACAACAGAGCCAAUAGUCUUGGCUCAGGAGGUUCUAGGAUUGGCUCAUUGCAUGCUAUGUCAAAGGAUAAAUGGGAACAAGUCGUUGAUAAGAAGAGAGAUCAGGAAGAACUCAGAGAUAUGCUCAACCACCAAAACUAUUAUAACUCUGUCAACAAAACUCAGGAGCCUGAUAUUAAACCUUAUUCUGAGAAGUAUCAGACUAACUCUAUAAACAACCUUUCUAGCUUGGGAGGCUUAGAAGUCGAAAGAGGUGAAUCUAUUGGUCUAUCAAGACGCAAGAACACUUACAUUGAGCCAAAUACCAUCAUAAACCCAAUGAAUGACUACAACACGUACAUCCGUGAAACGAUCAAAAAGAGUAGACACAAACAUAUGGGGACUUAGCACAAGAUUACAAUCUA